AUGAGAAACACUAGCCAACAAGCGUCGCCAACAGGAACUGAUGCGCUCUUGUAUAUGUGUGUAGCAGCAGUUAUUUUUGUGACAGUUUCUGGAAAUCUACUAGUGAUCAUUUCCAUCUGCCACUUCAAGCAGCUCCACACACCAACCAACUUCAUCCUCCUCUCUCUGGCUAUGGCAGACUUUAUGGUUGGGGCAACUGUAAUGCCUUUCUAUUUUAUUGAGUUAGUAGAUCCUUACUGGUGCAUUGGUGGAUUGAAUUGCAUCAUGAAAAGUGUAUCUUCUUUUCUGACUUAUGCAACUUGUGUGUCAAUUUAUAGUGUAGUUUUGAUUGCAGUGGAUCGAUUAUUUGCCAUCAGCAACCCUUUUCUUUAUUCCAGUAAAAUGACAGUGAAGCUAACUAUGAGGGUCAUAUCGAUUAUCUGGUUGUGUGCAUUGCAUGCAAAUAACAUCACAUGUGCCAGAAAACAACAGUCAGAUAGCAAAAAAUUUAAUGCAAUGGCAUCUGAAAGGAAAGCAGCAAAAACUCUAUCAAUUUUUGUAGCCGUUUUCGUACUGUGUUUACUACCCUACUUUAUUAGUGCUGUACUUUAUGAAUAUUUAAGUAAACCUUCUGUGUAUCUUUCACUUGUUCAUUCAGUAAGUAUACUUCAUAUGAAUUCUGCAAUCAACCCGAUAAUUUAUGCCCUAUUCUAUUCAUGGUUUCAAAAGUCUGUUAAACUCAUUUUAACACUUAGGAUAUGUGCUACAGAGUCUUCUCUGAUGAAUGUGCUUGCAAAAGAAACAUAA